GGCAGCAGGCAGCUAGCGAACUUUUUUGUGAGUAGUCGUGCUGUACCUUAGUUGCUGUACUAACGUAGUGUAUAAUUAAAUAUAUAUACCAAUAUAUCGUUUGCUGCAUAGUCAGGAAAGGAAAGAAGGCGACCGUGCAGCUCCAGCUCUCCAUCAUCUCUGCACCCGCCCUGCACAAAAAUGGACGAUCUCGGUGAUGUCGACAUUCCCUACUGCCCGCUUGGCCCUCGCAUUGUUAGUUUUGAUGCCCUUUUGGCAGAUUUGGAGAACACUACCGCUCACAUUUCCAAACGACCUGUUUUAAUCAGUGAGGCUGCAGGUACCAAACUCCCGGAUGUAGCCCUUCAAGCACAUACAAAUGGAAUCACAAGAGAUAUCCCUGAACCAAGGCCUCCCCCACCUGCAUAUACCCCACAGCAGACCGUACCACCAGUGGUGACAGGUGAAUCCAUUCCUAAGGUAUCCAAUGUCACAGGAGACAAGGAUCACUUGUACAGCACAGUAUGCAAGCCAAAGUCUCCGAAGCCAAAGGAGCAACAGCAACCCCCAUUCUCCUCCACUUCCGUCCUGGGAGGGGGCCUCUGUGAACUUGAUCGCCUUUUGCAAGAACUGAAUGCUACACAGUUCAACAUUGCAGAUGAGAUUAUGGCACAGUUUCCACCCAAGAAAGAAGGUGAUGCAGACAAAAACAAGGAGUCCCCUGGAACUGGCAGGAAAUAUGGGCAGUCAUUGCCCCCUAGAACAUCUGAUGAAAAUACCGCAGCAAUCUCCUCCUCAUCUCAGGCACCUCCCAAACCAUCGGCAACAUUUGCCACCCAGGAGUUGGAUAAGCUAAUGGCAUCCCUCUAUGACUUCAAGGUGCAAAGUAACGCUCCGCCUACAAGCACUACUGCAGCAAAUGUGCCUGUCCCCUCACCACAAGUGGUUGUUGUGAACUCUGGACCACCACCACGUGGGAACCUGGACAGCAUGCUGGAAAUCUUACAGACAGACUUAAGCCGACAGGGUAUUUCGACUGUGGCUAAGGGUCAGUGUGCAUCAUGUCAGAAAUCCAUUGCUGGACAGGUGGUGACAGCACUGGGACAGACCUGGCACCCUGAGCACUUUGUCUGUUCACACUGCCAGAUGGAACUAGGAGGAAGCAAUUUCUUUGAGAAGGACAGUCUGCCUUAUUGUGAGAGGGAUUAUUUCCAGCUUUUCUCUCCCCGAUGUGGCCUCUGUAAUGAGCCUAUCCUAGAUAAAAUGGUUACAGCCCUUGACAAGAACUGGCAUCCUGAACAUUUUUGCUGUGUGAAGUGCGGCCGUCCCUUUGGAGAAGAAGGGUUCCAUGAGAGGGAAGGGAAGCAGUAUUGUCGGAAGGAUUUUUACGAGUUGUUUGCCACUCAGUGUAGAGGCUGCAGUAAAGCAAUCCUGGAAAACUACAUAUCUGCCUUAAAUGCCCUUUGGCAUCCUGAAUGCUUUGUCUGCAGGGAGUGCUACACACCAUUUGUGAAUGGUAGCUUCUUUGAGCAUGAGGGGCAACCUUUUUGUGAGAUCCACUACCAUAAGAACCGUGGUUCGCUUUGCUCAGGCUGUGAGAAGCCAAUCACAGGACGCUGCAUAACAGCCAUGGGCAAGAAGUUCCACCCAGAGCACUUUGUUUGUGCCUUCUGCCUGAAGCAGCUGAACAAGGGUACCUUCAAGGAACAGAAUGACAAGCCCUACUGUCAUCCAUGCUUCAUCAAGCUCUUUGGAUAGGUCCUGUUGUAGCAGAAGUCUCCAGAAUGGGGAACCACAGGCAAUAUGUGGCACUGUCAGUAUUUCCUAGUAAGGUCUUUACAGCCAGCUAACAUGGUAUUGAAUUUUUAACAAAAAUGACAUUCUUUACAGUGUGAAAUUAUAUAUAUUUUUUCAGUUUGUAAGGAAACAGGAUGGAUCAUACCUUGGCCUUGAUGUAUUAUUGUCUGUGCCAGUCUCAUCUCUCACCCAUCAAGUUGAUACAGCUAUUAUCGUGGCUUACCAUAGUGCGUGUUAAAGAAAAGUGUGGCUCCACAGGGAACUUAAGAUUAGUAAAGUAAAUUUUACGUCCUGCCUGAAGAUAAUGAAUGACAGCAUAUAAACAGACAUGGGGAAAUGUACUGGAGCCAAGAUGAAAUCUGUUCCAUCUCAGUACAAACGUGUAAGCCAAAAACAACAACAACAAAAAUAUCAGGAAAAAAAAUAAAGCAAAACAAAAACAAAACAAUGAAAAAAAAACAGAUGCAUAAGCAUGCAAGCUGCAUGUUUUCAAAAAGCUAACUUAUUAACGCUCUGAAACCAUAUUGUGUCUUGCUUCAGCUUUUCAGGUGCCACUUUUAUUUUUUGUUUUAUAAGCGAUAUUCAAAGAACAGAUUUUUUUUAAGCAUUGCACUGAAAUUCAGGCACAGACUGGGAGCCAGCAUUAUUAGUUGGACAACUGUAGUUUCAUUUAUUUUCUAGAGUUCGUUUUUAAUACUCUCUCUCUCUCUCUCUCUCUGUAACGUUGCUUUUACCAAGAUGCUUGUGAGUUGCUGUAAUGUGUUUUUACUUGGAUUGUACUGCUUCACCAAAAACUUGCAUAUUCUGAAGUUGUGUUCAGUGGUUUUCAUUCUUGUGUGUGCACUAUUUUUCUUUGCUAAAUGACAUUUUAGUUAGAAGAUGGUUGCCUUCCACAAUACCCUUACACUCGCAGGAAGGGUUGUUUACACCUGACUUACCAUUUGCCUGUCUUUAACCAUGCAAUGUAUUAACUUUUAAAAUGCACAUGACAAAUGACCAGCAGUGACACAUCCAAAAGUCUCAGUGUGCCUUGGGCUGUCCGCACCUCUUAUGACAGUUAUCCAAGGGGUAGCAGAAAUACAGAAUUCGUAAUAAAUUUGCCUUGAAAUGAAGAGGGUAAUUUGGGGAAAUCAAUAUCCCUCAGUAUGCUGUGUACAUUCUGAGUGCUAGACUGUACCUUCAUCCCUUAUAAUUGACAUGUACAUUGCAAAGUUGUGAAGCAAAAAUUAUUAUUAUCAAAUAUGUAUUGCAAAACUGACAAGUGUCUUUGGAAAGCAAAAAGUGUAUAGUGUGUCAUAUUUCACAUUACUGUUAGAAGUAUUUAUUUUUUUUUUUUGCUGCAAGACAUUUAUGAACCAUUCUUUAUAAACUUCCCGUUUGGUUUUACUUCUGCAAGUAUUUGGUUUCAUGCUGUAAACCAACUUCCACUGUGUCAUUAGCAGAUGAAUAAAAAAUAGGCAUAUUCAAGCCAGUGUAGAAGAUUACAAGAAAACUCCACAGCAGGCAUGGCUAAACAACAGCAUGCAGUUCAAGCCUCAUUAAUUGCAUGUCUUUACAUUGCUGCGAGAACUUUAGUGUGCCAAACAUUGAAGUCUGCUGCGGUAAUAACCGUGACAUUGCUAAAUCUUGGGUUAAAGGUGUAUUCUGCUAAUUCAGUUACUAUAGCUAGAGUCACAGGGCGUGGGGGUGCAGAGGAAAAGCAAAUGAUUCUUGGUCUAAACAUGUUAGUGGACAUGAUGUUUAUACCCAUGACAAAAUUACAUGAAUCUUGGCUAAACAUUUGAAUGAUGUCUUGCAGAUCUGAGUGCAGACAGAUGGGAAAGAAUAUAGUAUUGUGACUGAGGAGACAGAAUAUAUGUGUGUGUGUGUGUGUGUGUGUGUGUGUGUGUGUGUGUGUGUGUGUGUGUGUGUGUGUGUGUGUGUGUGCAUGUGCACAUGUAUAUAAAUGUACAAAUACAGGCACACACACUUACUUUUGUCUCAAGUGAGCAGUAAAAAGAUGUAUCACAACCACUAGUGUGUAAUUCCUAGGGACAUAGGCUAAAGACCAGGGGAAUGAAGCCCUGUCAGGUCUCGAUUAGUGAGUGGACAUGCUGGAAGAGAUGAUUGCUAUGUAGCAAAAAAAAGCAAUUAAGAUCAGUUAACUUAUUUUGAGAAAGCAUGCUGGGCCACAAACACUGCUGAAAUGCCACUUAUUUGACGGACACCCAUUGGUUUGAGCAAGGUCAGAAGUGUAGCAUAUCAGCCUGCCAAGGAGUGUGCACACUCUAGGCUGGAGGCAGGUGUUUGGAAGCAUUUGCCAAUGUCAGUCCCUGUGUUGCAGUCUUUAGUUCAGCAGGGCAGUUAUGUGUUUGCUGGCCACUAUGGGGAGUAGGGAGUGGUGGAUCAAGAAAAAUCCUGUUUGGCACCAAGGAUGAUACUGUUCUUAUGAACUCCCCUUUCUGUAACAUUUUUCUUUUUGGUUCUUCACCCCUGGGAUGGGGUCCCUCUUUGGGUGGUGCCAGUCUUGGGAGAAAACCUGAAGUAUUGAUCAGGUUAGGAUGCAGGCCUGUAGUCCUAGUUUCACCGGGGACAUAAAAAGACACAAAGAGGUCAGAGAUAAUGGCCACAAACAAAAGAUGAUGUCCGAAACGUUUUUAUGGUGGGAGCAAAAUGUCAGAGGGUUCUGUCACUGAGACAACAUAAUGAUAUGCUGAAGACACGCGCAGUAAAGGAAGAAACACCGAUAAUCACUGAGACAACAUAAUGAUAUGCUGAAGACACGCGCAGUAAAGGAAGAAACACCGAUAAUCACUGAGACAACAUAAUGAUAUGCUGAAGACAAGCGCAGUAAAGGAAGAAACACCGACAAUCACUGAGACAACAUAAUGAUAUGCUGAAGACACGCGCAGUAAAGGAAGAAACACCGAUAAGCACUGAGACAACAUAAUGAUAUGCUGAAGACACGCGCAGUAAAGGAAGAAACACCGAUAAUCACUGAGACAACAUAAUGAUAUGCUGAAGACAAGCGCAGUAAAGGAAGAAACACCGACAAUCAGAUCUCCAAGUAGGGAGCAAACAGCUCUGGAUAACAAAGUUUGCUGACAACUGCAAACUGGAGGCUGUUAAGUCACCCUGUGACACCCAAACCCUCAGGAAUUAACUGUAAUUAGAAAACCCUUGGUGUUACUAAAAUGUGUUUGAACUAAGUGCUAAAAAGUGUAGUAUCCUCGCUUUGAGCAGACAACACCUCCCCUUAUUAUACUACAUAGAAAACAGGUCAGAACAAAAUGAAAAUGUAGUCUUUGGACCUAAGAAUUUGGGUUGUAACUGUAUCUUUUAAUGAUCGUGUGACAACAGUUGUCAGGAAAUUCUUUUAUUAAGUACUGCUGCCAAGUAAAUAUAAUCAAGAUCUGAAGAGGCAAUCUUCCCUCAUAUGCAGCAUUGAUCAGGCUACUUACUCAGUACAACGUCCCCUUCGGGAUGUAUCUAAUUAAACAUAUCAAACAAUUAGAAAAACCCAAAGGUUCCUAAAGAAAAAGAUCACAGGCCUGAAGUCCUAGAGCUAACAAGAGAGGCUGGAAGCUCUACCUCUUUAUUCAAUAUCUUAUAGACUUUUGAGGGGACAUCUCUGCCUAGGUUUGAAGUGCCAUUAGAGAUGUUAUUGUGCUGGGCUUUCCAUAAUUCAGAUGGUCCAGUAUCUCAACCAAUACUAGGGGGACCUAAAUCCACACCAACAAAUAAAUGUAAAAUGGUGGAGGAACGGGUUUAAAAUCCAGUACCUCACAAACCUGUGGAGUAAACCUUCACUGUGUGUUAAACAGUGUGAUCUCUAUGCCCGGAUGGGUAUUCAGAAAUUUACUCCAGGAUUGGCUGAUACAGCUUUCCUGCAGAAAGGAAGUGUGGCCUUCGGAAAGGUACUGGUAAGAUGUAAAUGACCAGAUUCGUAAGACUCAAUGGCCUGGAACAUCUGUGAAAUUAAGGCCCAGGAACAGACACCAGGUCUGGUAAGUGAUGGGGAGUGAUAGUACACUGAGCAUCGUUGGAUGGGGGGAUGAUUAAAGGUGCACACCAGGUCCGGUAGGUGAUGGGGAGGGAUAGCACACUGAGCAUCGUUGGAUGGGGGGAUGAUUAAAGGUGCACACCAGGUCCGGUAGGUGAUGGGGAGGGAUAGCACACUGAGCAUCGUUGGAUGGGGGGAUUGAUACAGGGUGCACACCAGGUCUGGUAGGUGAUGGGGAGGGAUAGCACACUGAGCAUCGUUAGAUGGGGGGAUGAUUAAAGGUGCACACCAGGUCCGGUAGGUGAUGGGGAGGGAUAGCACACUGAGCAUCGUUGGAUGGGGGGAUUGAUACAGGGUGCUUGCCCUGCUUACCUACUACUUUUUGAGAAUUAGAGGCACACCAAUGGGCAUUACAUCUUGCAGGGUUGAAGGCACACACUCAAACAUGUUGCGUUUUGCAUUGUAAUUGCAAGUGCACACAUUCCAACCCUGGGAGGCAGGGUGAUACAAAACAGUUACAGGCUGCUUUAUCAGCUGACGACUAGCUUUGUCAGUCCUAGCGUACAGUGGUUAAGUCAGCGAAGUACUUACUGUAUUAAGUCAUGGAGACAGAGAGACCGAGGUAGGUGAGUGGGUGGGUGUUUUUAUUUUUAUGGUCUGUACAAUGUAAGCAGGAAUAUAGAAGUGUAUGAAGGGUUUAAGUAUCAGUGACUUACGUAGUUAACAAGAAAGGAGGCUACAUAGUGGAAGUUAGGAAAGAUCCUGAAAGGGAAACUACUGGCAACAAGGUUGUAGAUCACACACACACACACACACACACACACACACACACACACACACACACACACACA